CACUGACAGAUGAAAACUGCAGUUUAGUAAAGAGACCUGGACUUAAAACGGACUGUUUACAGCCCCAUUGUUUGAUUGUUUGUAAAGAAGAAAAGAGAAAUGGAGAUGAGUAAAGAAGAAUGUGCAAAGUCAGGAACUUCAGAAGACAACAAAUCAGCUGACUUAAAGGACAGUGAGGAUUCAUAUGAAGAUAUGACCGGAUAUCAAAAGAGAACUUCAGACACUACAAGGACCAAAUGUCACAGACUGACUGCAGUGUGUUUGCUGCUACUGUGUGUUCUCCUGCUAUCUGUCAUCACAGUCCUGUGGAUCAAAUACAACAUCCUGAAUACAGAAAGCAACCAGCUACAGACCAGUUACAACAAGCUGACUAAAGAGAGAGACCAGUUACAGACCAGUUACAACAAGCUGACUAAAGAGAGAGACCAGUUACAGACCAGUUACAAUGCCCUGACUAAUGAAAGAGACAAGUUACAGCAGGAGAGAUCUGCACUGCACAGUGUGCUGUUAAAAUUUGGAUGGAGAUUUUUCAACACAAGCAUUUACAACAUUUCUGCUGAAAAGAAGAGCUGGACUGAGAGCAGACAGGACUGCAGGAACAAAGGAGCAGAUCUGGUGAUCAUAAACAGCAGAGAGGAACAGGAGUUCAUCAGCAAAUAUUUUGGCAGUAGUGAAGCUUGGAUUGGUCUGACUGACUGCUCUGAGGGGAAAUUUAAAUGGGUGGACGGUUCACCACUGAACACUAAGUUCUGGUGGGAUGGAGAUCCAAAUGAUUUUGAACAGAAAGAGGACUGUGUUAUAACAGGCUAUGCAAAGGCUGAGUCUAACAUGUCGACCUGGGCUGAUUAUCCCUGUGACUUCCCUGUAGUUGGGAUUUGUGAGAUGAAAGCUAACCUCACUAAGGUCCUGGAGCGAGAGACAGAGAGAGAAAGAGAGACAGAGUGAGAGAGAUCCAUAAAUUGUCAGUUGUGGUUUUUGUGGUUUAGCAUUGUUUCCAUAUAUAAGGUAAUUAACUGGGACGUACACACAGAUGCACGCAAAUACCAAACUCAUAUGUGUCAGUUGCUUCUUUAGAAAAGAUUUUCAUUGAAAUGUUUGUACAUUGUACAUCGUUGUUACUGUAUUUCAGAUAAAUGAACAAAAACAAUAUCAUCUACUUUUUUUUUUUUACCUGGAGUGAAGUCAUGUUCUUGCAUUUCCACCAUUUUGUAGUAUUCUGAUAUUCGCUUCUCUCUGUUUUAUUCAUGUCAAGCUAAACCUGGUCUGUUCAAUCCAAACCUCCUCACCUUGUUUAUGUGUGUGUGUGUGUUUAUUAUUUAAAUUUAUAUUUUUCCAUAUGCACACCAUACGUGGAACCCAGCCCAGAAGAAUCAGGGCACAUGGUGGGGGACAACCUGUAUGGGGUGCCAACCCUUUACAUGGCACAAUCACACACACACACAUGUGGUGGUUUCAAAGGUUGAUAAAUAAGUGGGAAAAAGUGGGAAAAGUGGUGAAUAAAUUAUAUUCAAGUAGCAGUGAAUUUGAGGCAAGAGAAUGUGGUUUUUGAGUGCAUUUUGUAGUGUGAUCUGUGGCGAUUGGUUUUCCCUGCUCAGCCAGAGUGAUGCAUUGGUUGGUUGUUUUUCCUUGGGGGGUUUUCACCUGUUUGGGAAGGGGGGAGUCAGAGACUCUGAUUGUAAAGCAGCAGCUCCGUGUUUUGUGUUUUAUCCACUAUUCACAUCUCCCCUCAUCAGGUAUGAAAUGCAUGAAAAUGUAAUAAGAAUAUAUUCUUAGUGCCUGGAAGUUUUGAGGAAUGCAAAUCCUUUAAAGGGUAAAUAUGUUGUUGUUUUUGGAUGUAUACAAGUUUACACACCGCGUGUGCUAAUCACCCACUCUAUGCUAACGAUGGAGACAACGUGUUCAGUGAUUACGAUGUAAUGGAUUUAAGCCAAAUACAAAUAUAACAUUUUUGUGAAAAACGCAACAACAAUGGUUUAUCAAUUACAAAUGUGUGUUCUGAAAGUUGUUGAUUAAAGAGUUUCAUAGACAUUCCUGUUAAAAUGUAUACAUAAAACGACUGUAACACUCCAUUAAGUUGAGCGUACAUUAUGUUGGUAUGUAUUGAAAAUGCAUUUAAGAAGUAAUUACUGAUACAGAUUAUCGUAUGCAGUUAAUAUGUUUGAAAUAACAGUCGAAGGAAAGUACUAAGUACAUGUUGCCUUAAAAAUGUAUUUCAUGCAAGUUCU